GGCACUAGCGUGGAGAAUCCGCAGGGGGAAGAUGGUGGGAGGAAACCGACAAAGAAGAGGAGUGCUUGUCUUUUGAAGGGUGUGUUCCUCAUUAUGGUUUAUAAAUCUUGCGAGAAACUUCAAAAUUUAGUGCCUUAUGCUGAAGGAAGCGAGAAGCUGAGGGAAAAGCAGUUACUAGGAGCGCGGGUGUGUUGAGAUGCAGCGCAGCAGCAGCAGCAGCAGUUUGACUAAACAGCUGGGAGAGAGAUGGCUGACCUUGUUGAAUCGCCUUCAAGAAGAUCCCAAGUUUGCACAAGUAAUGAGCACGAGGAUUGGGCAGUACCUCCGCAGCCGGCCUUUCUUAGCCCUGGCACUGCUGCUGUUUAGCGCCAUGGCUGCUCUACCAGUUGGGAUCUUCCUUUUGUUUGCUAUUAUUACUAUAGUUAUGUCAGUGGUUGGAUUUGUUUUCUUUGAGGUGUUUCUUCUGUUCGUUGGCGGAAUGACUCUGCUGUCCGUUCUCUCUGGCAUCGCCCUCUUCUCUCUGCUGGCUUCGGUCAUCGUCACUGGUGUGUUUGUCACUCUUCCUAACCUGCUGAGGCGUCAAUACUACUUGACAAAGAGGAACGAGAAUGAAGAAGAAACUCAAGAAAUGAAGCAGAAGUAGUGAUGUUUUUAUUCUCUCUGAUGGGACGUCUGAGGCCGCUCUUCUGCACGUGCUCAGGGUGUGGGGAUCUGAGCUGCUGAGCACAAAAACUCUUCCAAGGUCACAUUUUUUGAACACCAAGUGUCCUUUUUUUAACAAGAGGAAUGUGAAGUUUUAUCUGUGAAAUAUUUGAGUUUUUUAACUCAUUUUUUUACUCCUCACCUCUCCAACUUUGUGCAAAUGAUCUCUGUUACACAGGUCAAAUGUUGAUCAUGUUGUACAAUAGCAAUGCAGCUACACAAACACUUUCUGUAAACCUAUUUCAGUCCAAUUUUAGCCUGAAAAAAUAUAUAUUUAUAAAGCUUGUAUCCACAGUAUAUUUAUCCGUCCUCAUUGUUACUUUGUCUCUCUUUCUAAGGCUACAAAGCUGUCCUUUAUGAUUGUUUUAAUCAUUUCUAGAAGACUUAUUAUCAUUUCCAUGUGUGGUUUUGCGCAAAUCACAAUAAUGCAAAAAAACUGUUUUCUAAGCUUAAUAGUGUUUUUUUCUGUUAACAAUCUUGAUCAGAAGAUAUAGGGGAGGCAAUCCAAAAUUAAUUAAUACUGUACCAACCAAAGAGCUUGGGUUUCUUACUGUAUAAUUUUUACUUGAAAAGUAGCCAAUCUGCUUAAACCACCUGUAGAACUUUGUCUUGCUGUGUUUGGUAUCAAGCUGUUUAAUUGAUGUUAUCGUUAUCCUAGAGGUCUGCAGAAAAUUGCUGUCUUUCAAUUGUCUUUCCUAAUAAAGUUAUUGUUUAUACAUUACCUAUAUAUGUCCCUGGUUAAAUCAUAUGCUGAACAUUUAAAACUUUUUUUUGUUACCCAGUUUCAAGCUUAUUUAACACUAGUUAAAUUCUAUGUUCAGUAUAUAGAUAUUAUAACUUUAUUGUUAAGGAUUUCAAACUAAACUGUUUUUUUUAUGUGUUUGUUCUUAUACUUUGUGAUGUUUUUGCAUUACAGUUUUGUACAUUUUGUACAUGGUGCAAUAAAUUCUGUACAAAUUUAU